UCCAUUCGAAUGAACACACCAGUGAUUUCGGUGGUGCCCAAGGAAUUCAGUUUAGUUCAAAAACAAAUCAUAACCAUGAAGUUCUUCAUUGCUACCGCAUGUGUCCUGCUUUUGGCAUCGGGCAUCUCGGCCGAUCCUGUCAAGGCCGCCACCGAGGAACAGUCCGGUGCAUUUGCCAAAUGCCUGGAGGCUGAUUCUAUCUCGUGUCUUCAGCUAACGCUCUUCCGCAAGGCCAAGUCCAUCUUUGAAAAUCCACAAAUCGAACUGUUCGGCGGUGUCUCGUUGGUCAAGGCCAAUGAAGGACGUCAGGGCAAAUCUCUAGACAAUGCUAUCGCUGUUGAGGCCGCUCCCUCUGUGGAGGCUCGCACCACCGAGAUGGGCAACUACUUCAUGGACAAUGCCAAGAGCUUCUUCGCUGAGCGCUCUUUGAACUUCAACUUCGCCAAUGCCGCUCGCAGCGUUGCCCGUGCCAUUCCCGAUGACAUCAAGGCCGAUCUCCGUGAAUUGGUUGUCGAGUCCCGUACCCGCAAGAAGAAGCUCUUGAAGAAGUUCCUCCCCAUCCUGUUGGGCGUUGGUGCUAAGAUUGCUGUCCUCGGCGUUGGUUCCAUCUUCGGUCUGCUCUUCUUGGCCAAGAAGGCUUUGGUUGUCUCCGUGAUUGCCUUCUUCCUCGCUUUGGCUGCCGGUGCAUCAAGUGGUCUGAGCCGUCUGGGCGGUUCCGGCGGCUCUGGCGGUGGUCUGCUCGGCGGUCUCGGCGGUCUUUUCGGUGGAAAGAACGCUGGCUCCUCCUCUGCUAGCUCUGGUGGCUGGUCAUCCGGCGGUGGUGGUGCUGCCAGCAGCGGCUGGUCAUCGGGUGGCAGCUCCGGCUGGGAUACCCAUGGUGCCUACAGCUCACCUGUGGCCCAGACUAUUGCCUACCAGGGAUACAAACAGGCCAGACGGUAAGCCAUCGGCCUUCCAUUCCGCCCUCCAUAUGAAGGACAACAAAGCCUGACAAGGAGAGAGAACAUUCGCAAAAACAAAAAAAUGAUGACCAGUUAAUUAAUGUCUAUAUUUAUAUAUAUUUAUAAAUUAUUUAUUUUAAUUUAUUUACUUGAACGAGAACGAGAUGGGGGCGAUGCCGUAUGGCAUUGCACCCCAGCAAAAAGUGCCUUCCAAUCAAACAAAAGAAAAACAAACUCUCGGCCCAGAGAGCUAACCGAACACACACCAUGCCACAAACCACCUUCUUCUUUCACAUCCACAAAAAAAAAAAAAACAGUCCACAGCUGCCACAACCAACACAACUCACACACUAUCUAUACAUACACUCCUUCUAUCGCUCAUCUAUAUCUAUCUUUCAUCUCGCGGCUGCGUCUUUGAUUAAUGGCCACAAAAUGUUUGCAACUAGUCGCGCCCAUUAAUCAAAAGCCAGCCUCGCCUAUCUAACUCUAACUAUCUAUCUCAUCUG